UUUUCAGUCGCGAUUACACUACGCCUCGACGCAUGUGCAGCACACGCAGAGUUAAAUAUCGAGGGAUUAUCUCAAGUCGCUUCAGUCGUGCGCAAACCUCGUGCUGAAAAACAUGUGACAAAGUGUUUACAAAAUAAAACCAAGUGAAACACAUACACAAUGGAAUACCAAGAGUUAGAACUGGGAAUCGCUAAGAAAUUGUCCGAGAAAACCAAGCGCCAUUUUAGUUACCAGUUGGUGAUCAAUGGCACGUUAUUAUUUUGGAUGUUGUGCUGUUCAGCAGGAUUUUUGUAUAAUUAUUAUCAGGUGCAAGUGUUGCAUUGGCAUCUGAAUGCGACGCAUGUGCGCGUGCGUGAGUUGGAGCGAUGGCAGAGGCAUAUGUGUUCCGUCCGCCAUUACAAUUGCCCGGAGGAUAUUGAAACACCUGAAUAUGUAGACGAUUGGGAUUGGGAUAAUUUUCCGUCUAUGGAUGAUUAUACCUACGAUGAUGCCGGUUUGGACCCGAUGCCGAAACAUUCCGAGCGUAAAAAGCGUGAAAUUAUCGCGGAGACUACAGAUGGCGUUCCUAUCUAUACACAGUCGUAUGCUGACGCUAGGCAACUUAAUGACAGUGGCAGUAAAAGGCGUGUUAAAACAACGCGGAGAAGUCACACGACUACAGCGCCACUUCCACUGGCGUCUGUACCUGUUAUACAAGCUGGAUAUCAUAAUCCUGCGUGGCCUUCAACAAAUCAAAAACCCGAAUUGAAGCUGUAUGCAGAAUUGGAUAAUAAUCAAGUGUCCAUAACCUCAAAACCUAUCAUAACAAGAUCAUCUAGAGUUAUCGUAACGCCUGAUGUGUCUGAUGUCACUGAAGAACAACAAGUAAAAGCAAGACCGAAGGUUAAAUCAUUGGAAACAAGGAGUUAUCAGAGCCAACAAUCAGAUGAAUUGAAUACUUAUAGUAAUAAUGGACGAAAUUAUCGACGACGCAUGCCUGUACAACCAACACAACGUCAACGGGUUGUGGAGAGCUUUGAGGAAGAUGUAGCACCUGUAGUGCCUACAAUAGUGAGACCUACACGACGUCACAUGCCAGCUGCGCAUUUUCACGGGGAUACAUCCAAAUAUGCUUUGGGUGUGCAUCAGAAUUAUCACGGUAAUGGUCAUUUAAAGCAUUUGGAUAGAACUUAUGUGGAUUGGAUCUCAAGCGAUUGGAUGAAAGACACAAACCAAGAUGGCGUCUUCGAUUUUACAAAUGGCGUGCUCACCAUAAACGAAGACGGCCUUUAUUUUGUCUAUUCACAGAUAUUUUAUGUGGAUGAUCAUGACUUGAACGGUUACCACGUGUAUCGCAAUCAAGAAAUGAUUCUCCAGUGCACAACAAUGACGCAUUCGACCACUCGCGUGCGUAAAAGCAACACGUGUUACACGGCCGGUGUGGAGAAGCUUGCUGCUGGCGACAGAGUCUACGUGCGUGAUUUAUCCAAUGAGCGAUUGUCUUUGUUCGAGAAAGGUAAGAGUUUCUUUGGGGUUUUGAAACUGUCGGAUAUGCGUGUUAAAUAAUGCGACUACGAUAAGUACUAAUUUGAUACAAGGAAACAAACAAUAACUGAAAAGAAAGAACAAUUUAAGUUAAUGGUAUAAUGUUUACAUUGUAUUUAUUUUUAUCGAGUUAAUAUUAAUAUUACGAGUGGUUUUGUAUGUAAUAUAUAAUAAACAGUAACAGUAUUUUACAAAUUAAA